UCCUCUUUCCGAACCCUCGAGAGACAGCCUUCUGGCGCACACGUCUCGUUCAGCUUCUCUUCCCGCCCUCCAAGAUCAAAAUCGAGAAUCGAAACUGAGCUGGAGUCCAUGCAGCAGGAGCCUGCACCCGCCAGAUCUCCGGGGUCCCAGCAGGAUCCCGCGCUGCCCCACACGCCCACCAUGCCUCCCCCGGAGUCCCUCUCGGAAGACCACCAGCCCAGCCCCAGCCACUGCCCCACAGAGCAAGCCACGGAGGAGGAGUUCCAGUUCCUGCGCUGCCAGGGCUGCAAGGCCGAAGCCAAGUGCCCUAAGCUGCUGCCUUGUCUGCACACGCUGUGCUCAGGAUGCCUGGAGGCGCCGGGCAUGCAGUGCCCCAUCUGCCAGGCGACCCAGCCCCCAGGCGCUGACGCGCGAGCCCUGGAUAACGUCUUCUUCGAGAGUCUGCAGCGGCGCCUGUCGGUGUACCGGCAGAUCGUGGACGCGCAGGCCGUUUGCACCCGCUGCAAAGAGCCGGCCGACUUCUGGUGCUUCGAGUGUGAGCAGCUCCUCUGCGCCAAGUGCUUCGAGGCGCACCAGUGGUUCCUCAAGCACGAGGCCCGACGCCUGGCAGAGCUCCGCAGCCAGUCGGUGCGCGAGUUCCUGGACGGCACGCGCAAGUCCAACAACAUCUUCUGCUCCAACCCCAACCACCGCACCCCUACGCUGACUAGCAUCUACUGCCGAGGCUGCUCCAAGCCGCUGUGCUGCUCGUGCGCGCUGCUGGAUAGCGGCCACAGCAAGCUCAAGUGCGACAUCAGCACGGAGAUCAAGCAGCGCCAGGACGAGCUGGACGCCAUGACCCAAGCGCUGCAGGAGCAGGACCGCGCUUUUGAUGCGGCGCAGGCGCAGAUGAGCUCGGCCGUCAGCCAGCUGGGCCGCGUGCGCGCCGAAACCGAGGAGCUGAUCCGCACGCGCGUGCGCCAGGUAGUAGCGCACGUGCGGGAGCAGGAGCGCGAGCUGUUGGAGGCGGUGAACGAGCGGUACCGGCGCGACUACGAAGAGAUAGCGGGCCAGCUGAGCCGCCUGGAUGCAGUGCUGCAGCGCAUCCGCAUGGGCGGCGCGCUCGUGCAGAGGAUGAAGCGCUAUGCCUCGGACCAGGAGGUGCUGGACAUGCACGGCUUCCUGAGCGAGGCGCUCGGCCGUCUGCGCCAGGAGGAGCCCCAGAGCCUGCAGGCCGCCGUGCGCACCGACAGCUUCGACGAAUUCAAGGUGCGCCUGCAGGACCUCAUCUCUUGCAUCACCCAGGGGACAGAUGCAGCUGUACCCAAGAGAACCAGCCCAGAGGCUGCCAGCACUCGCAGCGACCCUUCUGACGUUGACCUGCCAGAGGAGGUACAGAGGGCUCAGGCGCCGGCCCCGGGGCUGGCCGAGGCCCUGGCUGAGACCCAACCUGUGGCUGUGGUACAGGCGGUGCCUGGAGCACACCCUGUGCCAGUGUACGCCUACUCCAUCAAAGACCCCUCCGACAGAGAGGAGGUCUCCAGCGCAGCCACACCACAGAAGAGGAAGUCCUGCCAGACCGAGUGCCCCAGGAAGGUCAUCAAGAUGGAGUCUGAGGAGAGAGAGGCAAGGUUGGCCCGGAGCUCCCCCGAGCAGCCCAGGCCCAGCACCUCCAGGGCAGUCUCGCCACCCCACCUGGACAAGCCUCCCAGCCCCAAGAGCCCCAUCGUAGGAAAUGAGGUCUUCCUGCCCAACAGCAACCACACAACCAGCGACCCUGCGGAGGCAGAGGAACGCAUCGUGGUGAUCAGCAGCUCAGAAGACUCAGAUGCCGAAAACUCGUCCUCCCCAGAGCUGGAUGACAGCAGCAGCGAGUCCAGUGACCUCCAGCUGGAGGGCCCCAGCUCCCUCAGGGUCCUGAACGACAGCCUCGCCGACCCCCGAGCAGAAGACAGGCCCCUGGUUUUCUUUGACCUCAUGAUUGACAAUGAAACCCAGAAGAUUAGCCAGCUGGCGGCUGUGAACCAGCAAAGCAAGUUCCGCGUGCUCAUCCAGCCGGAGGCCCUCUUCAGCGUCUACUCCAAGGCCGUCUCCCUGGAGGUGGGGCUGCAGCGCUUCCUCGGCUUCCUGAGCUCCAUGCACCGCCCCGUGCUGGCUUGCUAUAAGCUGUGGGGGCCUGGCCUCCCCAACUUCUUCCAGGCCCUGGAGGGCAUGAACAGGCUGUGGGAGUUCCAGGAGGCCAUCUCGGGCUUCCUGGCCACCCUGCCCCUUAUCCGGGAACUUGUGCCCGGGGCCAGCAGCUUCAAACUCAAGAGUCUGGCCAAGACCUACCUGGUGAGAAACAUGAGCGAACGCAGCUCCCUGGCCACCGUGCUGACCAUGCGCGACCUGUGCCGCCUCCUCGAGAUCUCCCCAGGCCCCGAGCUGGCCCAGCACAUCUACCCCUUCAGCAACCUGCAGUGCUUCGCGUCCCUGCAGCCCCUGGUGCGGGCGGCCGUCCUGCCCCAGGCCGAGGCCCGCCUCCUGGCCCUCCACAACGUGAGCUUCAUGGAGCUGCUGACUGCACACCAGCGUGACCCGCAGGGGGGCUUGAAGAAGUACAGCCGCUACCUGAGCCCGCAGACCACCUCGCUGCCCCCAGCCCAGCCUCCUCUCAACCUGCAGGCUCUGAGCACCUACUUUGAAGGCCUGUCGGAUGGGCCGGCCUUGACACGGGCAGAAGGCGUCUCUGCCCCUCUCACUGGCCACAGCGUGGCAGAAAGGGCCUCCCAGCAGAGCUGAGAGGAGGGGAUGACUGGCUGGGAGUCUCUGGAGGCAGAGAAGGCGGGGGUCCCUGAGCCAGGCCCCAUCCAUCACAGCAUUUCCAGGCCCUGGUCCCCAGUACUCAGUUGUCAUUUGGUCCAGAAUCAGUUCUCCUCUGGGACCAAAUUCCCUUUCUCUAAAAAUCCCACAAAGAAGGUUUCAGGGCCAAGCCACCUCUAGGGGCCACCAGAUCCCCGUGGGGCCCCUGGGAGCACCAGUGGGCUAGCUCACCAGACUGCAGGCCCCUCCCCUCCAGGAGCCGAAACCAGGAGGUCCCGGGUGAAGAGAGCAUGGCCUCUGGGCUCUCUAAGUGGCCCCAUGUUGCCCCCGCCACCUGACCUGCCACAUCCAUGGUGUCCUUGCAGCUCCUCCCUGACCCCCAGCCACUGCCCCAGGGGACUAAUGGCAGCUCCCACAGACACUGUCGGCAACACCAGCGGCCCCACGGGUACCCAAAGUGCCUUUCCAAGCAAACUGCCCCUCACGAGUUUGGGUUCUCCCAGCCCCUGCCUGCCUGGAGGCCACUCUGUCCACUUCCCCUCUGGAACAUUUUCAUCCUCAAAGGGCCUCAUAUCAGCAGAGACAGAGGCUGCUGCCCCAUGCCUGUCCCUGCUUCCAAAUUCUGACCCUUCCAUGCUUGCUUCUCCCUCCUGGCCACCCAAACACCUCCCCAAGCCACCAGCUCCUCUCAGCAUGGCCCUUCGCUCUCUGCACUGCGCCCCCAACCCUCCUGAGGAGUGUCCUCUAACCCAGUGCUGCUCUCCGUGUAGUCCAGGGACCCGCAGCAUUGGCAUCCCCUGAGAGCCUCCACUCCAGACCUCUAAAUCAGAAUCUCUGGGGCGUGGCCCAACAAGCUGCUUUAGCAGGUUCUCCAGAUGAUUCUGAUGCCCACUAAAUUUCAGAACCGUUGGUCUGAUAGACUACUCCUCCAAGGGGAAGCAGUGUGGAGCUGCAGAGAAAGUCCUGGCCCUGACUGCGUGCACUGAGUGUGACCUGGAAGAGGCCCCUUCCUGAGCCCCACCUCCCCACCUGUAAAAUGGGCUGGUUGGCCCAGACAGGCUCAGAGCUCCCAUCCAGGUCUGCCAUUCUGGGGUUUUAGGAAUGGACAGCAGGCCUCUGAGGCAGUGGACAAGAAGGUUUUCAUUCUUGAGCCCAAGCUCCCAGCCCUAAGCUAAGAUCCCCAACCUUGUGGUCACACCAGAGGCCAGCAGCAGAACACAGGGCCAUCCCGUCAGACUAGCAGAACCACUGUCCCUCCCCUGUCCCCCUCUCCCAUCCCUCUUCUGUGGCUCCCGGCCACUGGGACGCAGCCCAGGCCUCCAGCCUCUAGGCCUCAGCUCCCACAGGGCUGAACUGUGUGUGCCCACACCUCAGCCCCCAUCCAGUGGGUGCCCAAAGGAACUUGCUGCCAUGGUGGGGGUGCUGGCUCUAACAGUGAACUCCAGUGCGUUUAACCUAGGACCCUGAUUCAAAGCAGGUGCCGGCUCUGAAGCGCCUGUGGGAACAGGCAAAUGGGGAGAGGGAAGGAGAAAAGAUGGGGCCCCAGCCUGGCUGCGAUGACCGAUGACCAUCCUGGCAGCUGCAAGGCAGCCCCUGGGCCACUCCCCAUAUCAUUUUCACCCCAGCCUCGCUGUGAACUUAGCAGUAUCCACUGAUUUCCAGCUCCAAGCCCAGCCCCCCAAUGUUUGCUGUCUUCAGAUGUAGUUGAUCACAGGUUUUGUAAGAAAGGGCUAUUCUGCCCUCCCUCUACUUCCACAGCCUUUAAUAAAGACAUGAAUCUUCACAGCCUGAUGCGCCAAUCACAGUCUCUACUCUGCCCACCCAGGGACACUGAGCAGCUUCCCGCCUGGUGAAGAGGGGGCACUCCUGGGCAUGGGAGAGCUGCUCUUUGUGGGGACCUUCUGGGACUUAGCAGAGCUGAGAGAGCCUCGUUGCUCGGUGCUGAGGGCCUCACGGAUGUGAACCCCCCCAUUCCAAGUGGGGAGACCCAGGGUGGGCCUGCCUGGGGUCCUUUCCAAAAAGGAGAGCCACAUGGAGGGAAAGAAGCGCCAGCUUCAAGAAUUACCCACUAGAGGGAGUCAGGAGCCAGAGAUCAGGGUGUGCAGGAACUGUACUCUGUCCCUUGCUGGGUAAUCUUGUACCCCUGUCUGUGUCCCCAGAGCCACAGGUGGUAAAACCCUUAACAAGGAGGUGGUGUGUCGUUAAUGUGUCACUGUCUUGGCCAUCACAGAUGGAAUUCACGUUAGUACUGCAGGGCUCCCCUGGCACAGGUAUUGUGAUUUGAUCAGUGCCACCACCCUUAACCCCACCUACCUGUCCCAGGUGCCCAAAUUCCAGUCC